AUGACCAAGUCCCAGGGACCAGUAUCAUUCAAGGAUGUGGCUGUGGAUUUCACCCAGGAGGAGUGGCAGUAUCUGGACCUUCCCCAGAGGGAUCUAUACAGGGAUGUGAUGCUAGAGAACUAUAUCAACCUCAUCUCAGUGGGAUAUCAAACCACAAAGCCAUCUGUGAUCCACAAGUUGGAACAAGGUGAAGAACCAUGGAUGGUGGAGAGAGAAAUCCCAAAUUGGAACUAUGCAGGUUCCAAAAUUCAGGCUUUAGAAGCAUGUGGGAGGAACAGCCUGGAAGGAUACCCACCAGGUAUUUUUAGUGUAUCCUCGGACAAGUGUUCUGAGGACCCAGUGGUCCAUUUGUCAUCUACCCCAGGAACCUCUCUGCCAUGCAGCUGA